AUGAAAAUUGUUAACAUAGAUGAGUUUAAUGAGCUGAAUCUUUUAGGGAGGGGUGAGUUCGGCACAGUGUAUAAAGUGGUAAAUAAAUUGGAUGGUGAGGUGAAAGCGAUUAAAAUUGUGCAUUUACAAGCCAUUAGUGAUGAACACAGACAUCAAGUGCUAAAAGAGAUAAAAAGUUUGGCAAAAGUGCGCUCACGAUAUGUGGUUCAGUAUCACAACUCAUGGCUCGACACCAAUCGACUGUACAUUCAGAUGGAGUAUUGCCCGCAAAGUCUGCGCUUAGUAUUGGCCGACAAAGCGCUGGCAUUUGGUAGACAAUCGGCGGAACCGAUGAAUCCGUUAGAGUAUUACAAAUCGUGUGAAAUAUUCAAAGAACUCUUAGAGAGUGUCCAGUAUUUACAUGAGAGAAGACCUCCGAUAAUACAUCGAAACCUCAAACCCGAAAAUGUAUUGACUGUCAAUGGAUUAGAUGGCGAUCAUAGGAGCCGCCGGUUUAUUAAGCUAGGUGACUUUGGUUUGGCCAAUGUAUACCUUCGGGCUAACCACGUGAACAACGACUCACUCAGGUAUAGGGCACCCGAAUUGAUGACGGGCGCACUUUGGUAUGUGGCACCUGAAGUGUUUAGUGGUUACAAUGAUAGCCACAAAUUGGACAUGUGGAGCCUAGCUCGAAUUGGCACAGAGCUAUUUGAUGUGGAUCCAUGUGAGAUGACUGUUGAUACCUAUCCGGAUGAUCACGUGCUCAACGGACCGGUAGUGCGUUUGCACCGUAUGUUACAGUUAAUGAUGAAUUGGCCCGUAUUUGAUGAUAGGCCUGAGUGCCGGCAAGUGUUGGCUAAACGCAACGAGUGGUCUAUUGAUAAGCCUUAA